CAUCUUCAACCCACAUAGAUUUGCCAAACUCUAGCAUUCCUGAACGCCAGCCCGGGAUUCCGAACUAUCCGCCCGCACAUCGAGCCAUCUAUCUGAUCCGCUUCCGUCCUUCAGCGACGACCAUCUUGAUCCUCCCUCCGACCCUUUCAGUCUUGGUAAUCAGUCAGCGAUAGCGACGACCAUGUCGACCGCCGCCCGCCGUCGCUUGAUGCGUGACUUCAAGCGCAUGCAAACCGACCCUCCCGCCGGCGUCUCUGCCUCCCCUGUGCCCGACAACGUCAUGACCUGGAACGCCGUCAUCAUCGGACCCGCCGAUACGCCCUUUGAAGACGGAACCUUCAGACUCGUGAUGCAGUUCGAGGAACAGUACCCCAAUAAGCCGCCCGCGGUCAAGUUUAUCAGCCAGAUGUUUCACCCAAACGUCUACGCCACAGGAGAACUCUGCCUGGACAUCCUGCAGAACAGAUGGAGCCCUACAUACGAUGUCGCGGCGGUGUUGACGAGCAUCCAGAGUUUGCUUAACGACCCAAACACCGGUUCCCCCGCGAAUGUGGAGGCGUCGAAUCUCUACAAGGACAACCGCAAGGAGUAUACGAAGCGGGUUCGCGAGACGGUUGAGAAGAGCUGGGAAGACUAGGCGGCAAUGAUGUCACCGUCACAACGGAACACGUACGAUUUAUAUGAACAACAUGGUCCGCUCUACCUGGUAGGGAACGGCCCUUUGGGAACAGGCUGCAGGGCUGCGCUGUGAAGCCAAACUGGGGCGCAAAUUGACGUGAGCGACACCCGGGACCGGCUAGACAUAUUCCUUGAUUUGCUUCACAUUAAGCAAAACAGCCGGGGUACCCAAUGAGAGGUGGUGGUGGGGGAAAUUUGGCGUUUCGGCUCGUGCUGUCCUCUCUGAAUGGCUUUUGGGGCGACCCCAUGUUGCGAUAGGCGUUUCGCGGAUGUGCUUUUGCUCUCUUCUCUGUAGAGUCACCGGCUAUCGGUGACGUUAGGUUCGUCUUCAUCUGGCUUUUACAGGGGAGUUCGUGGGAAGUGCAUUUGGGACCUCAUCAGCAGCGAAAUACCAAAUCUAUUGUCCAAC